AUGGAGCUCUUGAGGGUGUUGAAUCGGAUCUGGAGCCUGGAAGAACACCAUGCAUCGAACCUCGCCAUGAUUAAAUCUCUGAAACUGGAGUUAGAGCUGGCCAAGGCGCAGAUCGAAGAUCUGUCGCUGGAGAGGAACGAGGAGCAGGAGAUGGUCAGGGCCACCGUCCGUUCUGCGAGGGGGGAGCUCCAAGGCGAGCGGAGGAUGAGGCGGCGUUCGGAGAGCCUGCAGCGGAAGGUAGCCAGAGAAUUGUCGGAACUGAAGGAGUCGUUCUUGAGGGCCCUGGAAGACCUAGAGAGAGAAAGGAAGGCCCGGGACCUGUUGGAGAGCCUCUGCGACGAGUUUGCAGAGGGCGUCAGACGAUAUGAAGAGGAGAUGAGAGAAUGGAGACAGAAAUCCUGCGGAGGGUGCGGCCAUGGACGGGACCGCCCGGUGCUUCACAUCGCCGAAGAAUGGCUGGCCGAGCGGCUCCAGAUGAAGCUCGCCGGAGCCCGGGGCGAUCUCCGGGAGAAGAAUGCGAUUCUAGGGAGGCUAACCUCUGAGAUCGAGUCGUUUGUCCAGAGCAGAUGGAGGAACAGCUCUCACCGUGAGGUUCUUCAUGCCGAUCUCUCCGUAGACGGCUUCUUCCGCCGCCAACCUCUGGAGUCGGCUCAACCCCGAGGUCCCGGAGACGACGAUGACGAUGGAUCAGUCUCCGGCGACUCGCACUGUUUCGAGUUCAGCAUAGGAGAAACCGGCGCCGGCAUCCUCGUAGAGAAGAAACCCGAGUUGAGAAGAUCUGAUCCACCGAAGAGAGAGGCGGAUCCUAUCGGCAGAUUCAGCCGUCUCUCGGCAGAUCCCUCCGGCUCUCGACCUCAGAUCUGCCGACGAUCGGUGGAAUUCCCUCUGCAUCGCCGUUCUCAGACGGCCGGUGGGGAGGAUCCUACCGAAGUCUCCGAGUGCUCAACUGAAUUCCCGAGAGGCUCCUUGAAGGAGAAUACAUUGAAGGCGAAGCUUCUUGAGGCGAGGAUGGCGGCGAAGUACGCUCGCCUGAGAACCUCCUGA